AUGGAUGACAUACUUGUUUUUGUCCUACAAUACUAUAUUAUUUUGAAGGGACGCUUAAUGGAUUCGGUAAAAGCAUCAUCUGAUCCAGCUGAAAGAAGCAAAAUGUUAGAAACAAAUUCAGCGGGUAUUACUAGCUUAUUGACAUUUGUCAUCCUUGCUUUAGCUUGGGUUGUGGGCUUUGCUUCACGCUUGUUUGCUGUUAUUCGAUUUGAAUCUAUUAUUCAUGAAUUUGACCCAUGGUUCAACUAUAGAUCGACGCAGUAUAUGGUCGAGCAUGGUUUCUAUAAUUUUUUAAAUUGGUUUGAUGAACGCGCUUGGUAUCCACUUGGACGCAUUGUUGGCGGUACAGUAUUUCCGGGACUGAUGGUGACUUCAGGUGCGAUACAUUAUGUUUUGUCUAUUCUGAAUAUUCCUGUACAUAUCAGAGACAUUUGCGUAUUUCUUGCCCCAACAUUUAGUGGUCUCACGGCAAUUGCAACUUUUUUUUUAACGAAAGAACUUUGGAGCGCAGGUGCCGGCUUGUUCGCAGCAUGCUUUAUUGCGAUAUCACCGGGUUAUACUAGUCGUUCGGUUGCAGGUUCCUAUGAUAACGAAGGAAUUGCAAUUUUUGCAUUGCAGCUUACUUACUUCUUAUGGCUUCGCUCUGUCAAAACUGGUUCCGUGUUCUGGGCAUCACUUACAGCACUUUCAUAUUUCUACAUGGUUUCUGCAUGGGGUGGCUAUGUGUUUAUUAUUAAUUUAAUUCCCCUGCAUGUACUUACACUCAUAUUAAUUGGCCGAUAUUGUGCUAAGCUCUAUAUUGCCUAUACUACUUUCUAUGUAUUGGGGCAAAUUAUGGCGAUGCAAAUUCCUUUUGUGGGUUUCCAGCCUUUAAAAACUUCCGAACAUAUGGCUGCCGCUGGUAUUUUUGGUUUGCUACAGGCAACAGCUUUCUUGUUUCCAUUAUUAUUUGUGAUUGCUGCGUUAAAAUAUUUACAACGUCGAGUUUCAAAACAGCAAUUCAUGACUUUGUUCUUUGGUGGAAUUUCAUCGGUCUUUAUUUUGGGAAUAUUAGGGAUCAUUUUGCUUACAUAUGCUGGCUAUAUUGCUCCAUGGUCUGGACGUUUUUAUUCACUUUGGGACACAGGCUAUGCCAAAAUUCAUAUACCUAUCAUAGCAUCUGUUUCGGAGCACCAGCCAACUACUUGGGUUUCAUUCUUUUUCGAUCUACAUAUCACAUCUGCUGUUUUCCCAGUCGGUCUGUGGUACUGUAUCAAAAAUGUUAACAAUGAGAGAGUUUUCGUGAUACUUUAUGCUGUAACAGCGGUGUAUUUCGCUGGUGUAAUGGUUCGCUUAAUGCUUACGCUUACCCCAGUAGUCUGCGUCCUUUCCGGUAUUGCCUUUUCUCACACUUAUGAAAAAUAUUUGAUUGAUGAAGGCGACCAGUCAAAAAGUGAAAGUGACAACGAAGAAAACAAGCAUUUAUAUGAUAUAGCUGGAAAAAGUCGAAAAGGUGGUUCAUGGACGAAUCAGCCAUUACCAGAAAGUGAUGAGAUGUCUAUUGGAAUCAAUGCACGUUCAAUUAUUUCGGUGGUGCUUGUUGUAAUGCUUUUGAUGUUUGUUGUGCAUUGUACCUAUGUUACGAGCAAUGCAUAUUCUCACCCAUCAGUUGUUUUGCAGUCUCAGAGUUCCGAUGGAAGUCGUAUGAUCAUGGAUGAUUUUCGUGAAGCUUAUUAUUGGUUGCGGAAAAAUACAGAUGAUAAUGCGCGGGUAAUGAGUUGGUGGGAUUACGGCUAUCAGAUUGCCGGAAUGGGAAAUCGAACUACUUUGGUAGAUAACAAUACAUGGAAUAAUUCACAUAUUGCUUUGGUUGGAAAAGCAAUGGCAUCUAAUGAAUCAGCAGCCUAUGAAAUCAUGCAUGAUCUAGACGUUGACUACGUACUGGCUAUUUUUGGUGGCUUCAUUGGCUACUCAGGGGAUGACAUCAAUAAGUUUCUGUGGAUGGUAAGAAUUGCUGAAGGCGAACAUCCGAAAGAAAUACAUGAAGCAGAUUAUUUCACAGAAUCGGGUGACUAUAGUGUUGGAGGAAAAGCAUCUGAAACUAUGCUCAAUUCAUUGAUGUACAAAAUUUGUUACUAUCGAUUCGGAGAUAUCAAAAUAGGUUAUCGACAAGAAGCAGGCUUCGAUCGAACUCGUGGAUAUGUAAUUGGUCGAAAAGAAAUCGUUCUAGAACAUUUGGAAGAAGCUUACACAUCAGAAAAUUGGCUUGUACGAAUUUAUAAGGUCCUGAAACAGAAUAACAGACCAACAAUCGCACAUAAUAAGCGAAGAAAAUCAAAAUCACCUGUUUUCAGCAAAAAAGUAUGGUUGUGA